AUGCACUGGAAGGAACCCGAAGGCAAACUAAGAACUAACUUUGAAAAGGCACCCAAGCAAGCGAAGGCGGACUCACGGGCUUUGACCCUCCUCUUCAAGAAGCACAAAAUCACCAUCCUACUCUCGCUACAGCCCCACGAAUCCCUUGCAGCAGUCAAAGCUAAAUUGCUCGAAGCAUUGAACUCGCGUGAAAUUCGUCAGAUUAAUGGCGAACCGGUCCCCGAUGACCCUACAUACAUCGAUCUCGGUAUUCCUGUCGAUCGAAGCGAGCUCGAAAAAGGAUGGACCCGGAUCGGCAAGGCUGCCACGACCAACAGUGGCUCUAAACAGAGUGCAGGAAGGACUGGGGAUACUGUGUUAGCAACUGGGCUUGAGAAUGGUCAUAUCGUUGCCUUUCGCUUCCGGAAGCCAGACGAGGUGGACAAGGACGCGGAGAAGGACGAGCUGGAGAUGGAUGCUGAUCAGGAGGAGGGUUGGGAUGUGAUCAUUCCAAGCUUUGACGAUGAAGAGGAGGAGCUAUGA